UCUUACUGAAGGAGAAGUCUACAGGAGGAUACAGGCCUCAGUUGCAUAGAGGAACUCAGUUCACCCCUUCUUUUGCACUGACAUACCAGGCUGACCAACCCACACAGUCUGGCAUCUCCACUGUCCCAAAGCAGACCCUCUACCCUCAAACUACUGUGGAAUUUAAUGGCAUAAUCAUUCCUACAGUCUCUACCACCAGCAUCACCCCUGCACCAAAGACCUCCAGUCAUGUGACACGCUGCAAUGACAACCAGAAGAGUUACUGUGUGAACGGAGGGGAGUGCUUCACCCUGGAGGUCGUGCCAGGUAGCACCAAGUUUCUCUGCAGGUGCCCAAAUGAAUUUACAGGUGAUCGCUGCCAGAACUAUGUAAUGGCCAGCUUUUACAAACAUCUUGGGAUUGAAUUUAUGGAAGCCGAGGAGCUGUAUCAGAAACGUGUAUUAACAAUAACAGGAAUCUGCAUUGCACUCCUAGUGGUUGGAAUCAUGUGUGUGGUUGCCUACUGCAAAACAAAGAAACAGAGGAAGAAGUUCCAUCAUUCUCUGAGACAGAGCCUGAAAAAUGACAGGAACAACACAGCAAGCUUGGCCAAUGGACCUAAGAUUUCCAACUUGCCCCUUGAGAAUUUCCAAAAUGUCAACCAUGCAAUGGAGCAUGAGACAGAGACAUCCUUCUUCACAAGCCUGUGUGCCUCAUCAGUCACCCACGUCUCUAGCCAAAGCUGGAAUAACGGCUGGAGCAACGGUGUUCUCUCUGGCAGCGAGUCAGUCUUGGUGAUGUCUGUGGUGGAGAAUAGCCAACCUGCGACACCGAGCCAUCAGAAUCAUCUGAAUGCCUCAGGUGGCACCAGAGACCUUUAUGACACUGUACAGGACUGCAGAGACAAUCCCAGCUCCUACAGGGACUCGCUGCUCAGCGAUAGGUAUGUAUCAGCUGUGGCAGAUCCAAAUCAGCUGUCUCCGAUAACCUUGACCUCUCCAGGAACACCAGGAUCUCCUCCCUCAGAAAUGUUGGCUCCCACGUCCAGCCUGGCCACCUCUGUUCCUUCAGUGGUCGUCAGCCCCUCUGCUGAGGAGGAGCACCCUUUGCUGUUGGCCACCACACUUCAGUCACACAGCAAAUCCUCAUACGAACACCAUAACCAACUCAAGAGAAAGUCUUCUCACUAUAACCACGGCCAGGACAUCCACAGCCCACCACCCAGCCCGCCGAUCACCAUGGAGGAUGAUGAUUACCAAAUUUCAUGUGGCCAUGACACCACAGCUGCCAUGGUGCCUCCAGUGUCUCCUCAGAAUCUAUGUGUGAAACUUGACAAUAUCAGCUCCAACAACAAUGGCCACAGCGCCAAAAGACCAAUAGCCAAUGGCCACAUGGGACACAAUGUGGAGUACAAUGUUGGCAGCAUGCUAAAGAAUGAAACAGAAGAAGAGCCUUUGAGGAGUAUAACACCCUCUCUGAUUGUAGAAAACCCUACAGCCCUGUUGGUCAGGUCUAUGGACAGCAGCAGGACUAAUCCAGCAUCAUUAAAUGACAACUGGCAAGCCAGGUUGUCCUUCACAAAACCAGAUCCAGUUGCAGAGUAAAGUGAAAAAAAAAAAAAAAAAAAAAAAAAAAAAACAUUGCUUAGGAAUUUUUUUUCUUCAAGAUCCUGAAAAAAGAAUAGCUACUGUUAAACCUUUAUUUUCUAUAAAUUAAAUAUUUGAUGUGAAAAGAAUUUUAAAGAUAAAUAGAAAAAAAAUAUUUUAGUGAUGUAACGAAUGAAGACUUUUAUAAGUAAAAAUAAAGUCAAAUAAAAUAAAAUAAAAAUAAAAAUAUGUUCAAGUCAUGGAGGUGAAGUGCCAUACAGUAGUAUGUAGCAAUGGUUCACAGUAUUUCAGUGGAAAAAAAAAAUAUCAAUGGUGCCUUCCUCUUUGGUGUGCUUGAGGGAUAUGUAACAGGGCACACUGGGCCAUAUACUCAUCAUUUUAAUCCUGCAGUUAACAGUCCUACUGAUCUAAAUAACAAAUAAAAGAAUCUGUGAGUCGCUUUUAAUGUCCAGCAGUUGGAAGUGCCCACUAAAACGCUUACACCGUAGUUUGUUAGGAAAUCUUCUCUGUGUUCAAACUGCAUGUUAUCCCUGUUAAUGCUGUGAUGGGAUUCUGGAGCUUUCUAUUAACUUUUCACACCAGCCACUUCCCUCCUACACCCACAAUGGUUUAUCUGGUCUAUCAGAUGUCCUUGGCAUGUUAAUGGACUAGUCUCACUGGUACUCUUUUGGAAAUACAAUAGCGCACUCCAAAACCUGUACUGAUGGGAAAAAAAUAAACAGUUAAAGAACCAUACCAAUGAUUCUGCAUGUUUAGUGUAAUAUCU